AUGGCUGCUUCUUCCAACGGCAUGUUUGGACUUUCCGACAGCGAGGUCAAGAUUGCCCUCUGCAGUCUGAAGCUCAUGGUCGCGGAUGGCCAGGGAAAGGUCGACAAGGGUCAGCUUGCUGCCCUUACUGGUCACACGAACCCUGACUCGGCCAAUCGCGUUUGGUACAUGGCCAGAAAAAAGAUGAUUGACAACAAUGCUUCCACGCCCGCGGGAUCUUCGACUUCUCUCGACGACAUCGGUACCCCAACUAAGGGACCCAAGAAGACCCCUUCCAAGAUGGGAUCCAAGACACCCAAGAAGCGAACCAAGAAACAAGCUGAGGUGGAGGACGAUGAAGCGGAAGCUGCCGAGCAGCCAGCCAAGCGAAUCAAGAAGGAGGCCGCUGCUGAUGCCGAGGCUGCAAACUUGGAGAUGGAGGACGAGGUUUAG